AUGCGUCUAUUUCUGAUUCCCGUGUCCACGCGGCGGACAAUGCUCUACGCGCAACGCCUCGGCGUGACAACCUCGGAAGGCAAGGCCGGCCUGGUCGACAAGGUUGCCGUAAGAGCCGCAACCAUGUGGGCGUCGUUUGAGAAAAAGGAAUCAGGAUGGCAGAAGAAGCUGGUGGUCUAUGGUAAUCAGGCGUUUCGCCGUAUUCCGUUUGAGGAAUGGGGCCUCAAGUCUAUCCCGCCGCUGUCGAUGCGCCGCCGCCAAGAGGAGCUCAAGGAGGGAGGUAAGGUCGACUUGGUCUUCCCGAGCACAGUCAUUGCCGAAAAGGAUGCAGAGGCGCUGGCAAAGAAGCUUGCGACAGAGAGACAGGCGUACCAUCGCCAGCGCAUGACGUGGUCCUUGAUUGCCGCGCCAUUCACAAUACCCUUUGCCCUCAUCCCAGUCAUCCCGAACAUUCCUCUCUUCUAUCUUCUCUACCGCGCCUGGUCACACUGGAAAGCGGUUGCCGGUGGCAAACACGUCCAGUGGCUCCUCGAGAACAAGCUCCUGACGUCGUCGCCGUCGGCGAAGUUGGAUGAACUCUAUACCGGUCGCCCCAAAUCCGAAGAAGAGGGGCUCGAGACGCCGUUAUUUACACAUAGCAAGAUAAAGGAGUUUUCGGAAACGUUGGCCCUACCUGAUCUCGAGACGGAAUUGGAUCGCGCCAUCUGGCAGGUUGAGACGGCACAAAAGAAGGAAAGGGAAGCAAAAGGCGUAAAGGGAACGGAGACGGAAACCAAGGACAAAAAGGACAACUGA